AUUCGGUGCGACCGGUCCCGUGCGUGACGGAACCUUUUGUUUACGGGGGACACAGGGCGCUCGUUCGUGGUGACACCACGGUUUUUCUCGGGGGCCCCGUAGUGCCGGAGUGUCGCAAACGGAAAACAAGAGGACCAGAAACCCCGUGGAACGCAGACGGAACACUGGAGAUAAAGUGUUUGCCGGACUUCGGCCCGGUGAGACGAUCAGUAGAGAUGCUGAAGCAAUUGCAGAUGGGGUUGAGAGCUUUCCUCUUGAUGGCCUCCCGUGUGUGGACUUGCGUCUGCUUUCUCCUUAAGAAGCAGGUUAGAGCCAUAUCACAAAUGCAACCUGUUAAGUACGAAAUCUUCCCAUUAUCUCCAUUGUCGAGGCACAGGCUUAGUAUAGUUAGGAGGAAAGUAUUAGUGUUGGACCUAGACGAAACAUUAAUUCACUCUCAUCACGAUGGAGUGGCAAGGCCGACGGUCAGGCCUGGCACACCUCCAGAUUUUGUCCUCAAGGUGACGAUAGACAGACAUCCAGUCAGAUUUUUUGUUCAUAAGAGACCACACGUAGAUUUCUUUUUAGACAUUGUUAGUCAAUGGUAUGAAUUAGUGGUCUUCACUGCAUCCAUGGAAAUCUAUGGAGCAGCUGUCGCAGAUAAGUUAGAUAACAACAGAGGUAUUCUAAGGCGCAGAUAUUAUAGACAGCACUGUACACCAGAACUGGGUUCCUAUACUAAAGACUUGUCUGCGAUUUGUUCAGAUCUAGCAUCGGUCUUUAUACUUGAUAAUAGUCCUGGAGCCUACAGAGCUUAUCCACAUAACGCGAUACCAAUCAAAUCGUGGUUUAGCGACGCGGGAGACACGGCUCUGUUGAGCUUGCUUCCGGUUUUGGAUGCGCUUCGUUUCACGCAAGACGUGCGGUCCGUUCUUUCGAGGAAUUUACAUUUACAUCAUACUUGGUAGCACGGUCCGGAUCGAUCGGUGCGUUAGAUUCAUUAGAGACCGAGCUACGACGAGGUGAAAACAAUUUAGCGUGUUUAAUCUAGG